AUGGUCGAAACUCGAGGUUCCCGACCAUCUUUUGAUGGCUCUGUGGAACUGCCAUCUUUUGGUCCUGAUGAUGGCGACCUUGAUCAAAAAUUCCCCCAUCCUUUGGAGGACAGCGACCAACACGGUUCGCCUCCUGCCAAAAAGCGUCGAACCGGCUCGGGCUCGGGCGACAUCUCCUUCCAUGACUCUUUUUCGGAGCAUCACCAUGGAGCCGGUCAUAAAAUUGAGGAAGAACUGGCGACAGCGCUUGGAGAAGGAAUUGUAGACACCCUGGAACCGACCGAUCACUCGCAGCUCGACCCUACUCAGAACAUCACCCAGGACGAAGAUCCCAACCUUAACCCGGAUGUCGCGACCAUCAUCUCUGAGAUAAUGGAUCAUACCGAUCGACAGGAACAAACUGUCUCCAUGGGUCCUCAAGAAGUUCCCCCAUCGGGCGACUUUCCAGGUGCCAGAGGCUACGCGUUUCUCAAGGCCAACUCCCACUUGAAAAUUCAAAGUUUGCCUAUUCUGGACAACCUGUCUACCCAAAUUCUUUCAUUUCUGUCCAAGAACAGCUACCAAGAUUUGACGGCCAUGAUCUCGGAGCCAGACUCGGAGAAUGGCCAAGCCUAUGCAACCAUGCGCUCGCUCUUUGAUCACACCAAACGAGUUUACUCCGUUAAGCACUCAUUUCUCCAGUUGACUGAUCUCGAAAUCACGGAUUCCUCGCAAGUCGAUGUAAUCCGCAAGGCCAACCUGGCCUCGUUCGUGUCGAGUAUCUUUGGUUCCCAGGAAAUCGGGUUUGCUGAGUUGAACGAACAUUUCCUGAGUGUUUUCAUGGCCGAUGGUGGGAGGCUACUGAAGGUUCAAGCUGCUUUGUAUCUGGAGCUCAAGACCCAGGCGUUCAUCGCCGCGAUGAACAACAAGUCGCGCACCCGAACAAGUCUCUUGUAUGAGCUGUUCCCCGAUGAUAUGGAGCGGCGAUUGCUAGAGCGACGCCCUGGCAGCAAGCAGCUAGCCCCCAGUGAAACAGACUUUGUCAAUCGACUUGCCUCUCGACGUGACCAUCUUCUUCACGACAUUAACAACGAGGAGGCGAUGAAGAGCCUGCCAGAUAAGUACCAAUGGGAGGACUUCCUACGCGAUCUUAGUUCUUUCAUCUCUAAGAACUUCGAUACCAUUAAUACCCAGCCAGGCAAGAAGCCGGUGAAGGGACGGCAGCCAUCAAGUUCAAAUGGUGAUGCGCAAGAAUCUCCAAGUACCACUCACCAAGGCCAGUUCGCUGUUACUCAGCCGGUUGAGGUCCCAGUGGACCGGAACAUGCAUGGUGACCUGGUGGCUCGCGCCGCUCGUGCCGCGCAAAUUGCUCUGCAGGGCCAUGGCCUUCGACGUUCACAGCAGCAGUCGCAGAUGCAGCAUCAGCAGCAGCAACACCAGCAGCAGCAACAUCAGCCACAAUCUCAGGCCAGCCCAUCGCCGUCUCAUCAACCCCAGCCGGUGCAACAGCAUCAACAACAGCAACAACACACCCCUCAGCCCGACAACCAAUAUCUUCAUGGUUACACUGCUGCUCAACAACCUGUGCAGCAUCCGCCGCAACAAUAUCACAGUCCGACACCUCCUGGUGGAUAUCAACAACCACCUGGCAGUUUGACAUUUCAGCAAAGCCCGCUGCAAACCAAUUUCCAGCAGUACACUCCCAAUGCAGCCCAGACCAUGCAAGCGCGAGCUAAUGGGAUGACUGGAAACCAUGGCUACAUGCCGGGAAUACCCCAUUACACUCAGUCACAACCUACACAGGUAUUGUAUGAGCGUGCCCGCAUGGCUGCGUCUGCAAAGUCUUCUCCAACCAGCCGCAAGUCUGGCCUACCCAGUCAGCGCCGACCCUGGACCACUGAUGAAGAGAGUGCUCUCAUGGCUGGACUAGACCGGGUCAAAGGUCCUCAUUGGAGUCAGAUCCUAGCCAUGUUUGGCCCCGGUGGCACGAUCAGUGAGGCUUUGAAAGACCGCAACCAGGUUCAGCUCAAGGACAAGGCUCGCAAUCUCAAGCUUUUCUUCUUGAAGAGUGGGAUCGAAGUGCCCUACUACCUCAAGUUUGUCACUGGUGAGCUAAAAACAAGAGCCCCUGCACAGGCUGCCAAGCGAGAAGCCAGGGAAAGACAAAAGAAGCAGGGUGAAGAAGAUAAAGCCCACGUGGAAGGUAUCAAGGGAAUGAUGGCCUUGGCUGGAGCCCAUGCGUCACCUGUCGGUGGCCAUGAGAUGUCUGCAUCACCCAGUCUACCCCCAGACGCGAACAGCCAGGCAGUUUUUGAUCAGACUGCUGAGCAGAACCUCAUGCAAACACUUAGUCAGGAGGUUCAUGGUAGUCAAUACCAGCACCCUCAACCAACUCAGGACCAUAUUGAUCCACACAUGCAGUUGGGCCAGUGA